UUUUUUUUUUAGUAGUACUUAUUCAAUUUUUAAUCAAUGUGCAUAAUUUUUGAUUUAUUAUCUUAAGAUAGUACAAAAUCUACCACUUUCCCCUAAAUACCUUUGUAUAAGUAUAAGUGAUAAUAGAGAAAAAAAACUACCUUGACGCACGAUCUACCAACAACAUCCAUCGAUAGCUGCCCAACAACAAAAACAUCAACGGAACCUCAACCAUACACCAAUCGCGGCGACCAUGAGCAACUAUGAACGUAAAAAGACUACGCCCUGUGCAGGCUGCAUGCAGGCCAUUAAAUGGGUUCCAGUCAUAUUCAUAGCUUCCGUGAUCAUCUGGUCCUACUAUGCCUAUGUGGUACAACUAUGUAUACUUGCCAUUGAAAACACAUUUGAAAAAAUCGUAUUCCUUAUAUUUUAUCACAUUAUUUGUGCAUUAUUCUUUUGGUCCUAUUGGAGUACGGUGUUUACACCAGUAGGAACAGUACCUCCUAAUUGGCGUAUACCAGAGACGGAAAUAGAAAGACUGUUUAGAGCAGAAAGUCAAGAGCAACAGAAAAGGGUUUUGGAAAACUUCGCUAAAGAUUUACCAGUAACAAAUCGCACCCUAAAUGGCUCCGUACGUUUUUGUGAUAAAUGUAAAAUUAUUAAGCCCGACCGUGCUCAUCAUUGUAGUGUUUGCGGUACUUGUGUUCUAAAAAUGGAUCACCACUGUCCAUGGGUAAAUAAUUGUGUAAAUUUUACCAAUUAUAAAUAUUUUGUCUUGUUCCUCGGUUAUGCACUACUAUACUGUCUCUAUGUGGCCUUAACAUCGUUGGAGUAUUUCAUACGCUUUUGGAGGUCGGAAUUUGUUCAACAGGGUGAAUUGACCUCAGGCAUGGGACGUUUUCAUAUAUUGUUCUUAUUCUUUGUUUCCUUAAUGUUUGCCAUCAGCUUGAUUAGCUUAUUUGGCUAUCACAUUUAUUUGGUUUUGAUGAAUCGCACUACAUUGGAAGCUUUUCGUGCUCCCAUAUUUCGUAUUGGUGGUGCGGAUAAAAAUGGUUUUAACUUGGGAAAAUAUGCCAAUUUUCAAGAAGUUUUUGGUGACAAUUGGAAAUUGUGGUUUUUACCAGUUUAUACCAGUAUGGGUGAUGGUCUGCAAUAUCCAACGCUAAAUCAUCAACAUUUAAAUCCCACAUCGUACCAUUCAAUGGAUGAUACAAGAAACCGUUUAGAACUACAGCCCACAGACAAACUGAUCAAUACUGCCACAACAGAUGCAAUGACCUCUCCUAAAAACAAUGAUGAUCAACAUUUGUCAACCAUUGUUAUUGAUAUGAAUCAUGAUCUCAACAAUUCUAAUGGUGGUGGUGGUGGUGAAGGUAUUGCCACUCCCAAUGGCAAUGUUAUCCUUAAUAUGGAUAUAUUAAAUGCUAACAAUACACCGACUUUUGAUACAAAUAGUAAUACAGCAGCAUUCAAUAAUGUUGUCGAAAUCCAUGCCAGAACAUGAAAUUAACUUAUUUAGUUAUUUUUUGUUUUUUUUUUAAAGAAAAUUUUUAAAAUUUUAACUAAACAUGUGCAUUUAAAACGAUUAGUAGACAUUAUAACAAGAUUAAUUUUUGAUUUUAAUUUUCUAUUUUUGUUUUAUUAUACACUAUACAGCUUUCUUAAGUAGUGCUUAAAAUGUAAUGAUUUUUUUUUUAAGUUUAUAAGAAUUCCCUUUUUUACGAUUACAUAUGUACCAUUUUCAAAUUCUCUAUUAUCAUCUUGCAUUUCUUAUCAUUAUUGUAUUAAUUUAUCAUUUGUAAUUUUAUUAUUUUGUUAAUAUAUUCAAAUAUAGAGUUCAUUUUUGUUUUGUUCUUAAGCAGCUUUAACUAAAAUUUAUUUCUAAUUAAAAAUACAAAAAAAAACAAGUAAAUGUAACACAUAUAUUCGGUUGUGCCGAAUCUUUACAUAUAUUUUGCACCAAGUUGUAUAACAAACUAAUCUUUGUAAAGACAGUUUUUGAAUAACAAGAGCUCAUGCGUAAUCAGUGUAAUUUUGAAAGAAAUUGUUUUUGAAAUUUUUUUUGUUUUGAAAUGAUUUGACAUAUGAAUAUUGAAAAUCUAAAAGUAUAUCAUGUAUAUUUUAUGAAACUUUAUCUAACAAAUAUAUUCAUUCGUAAUAGGGUUCUAUAAGACGAUUAAUCGGACAAUUGACUUUUUGCUGAAAAAAGUUAAAAUCCACUUUCUUCGGAAAAAAAAAUCGAAAAGUCGACUAACUAAAAAAGAAGAAAAAAACUGUUAAAAUAGGUUAAAUAGUCGACUUUUCAUAAAUAGAAAAACUCAAAAAGUUGAUAAUUCAAAAAUUUUAAAAAUUCCACGUUUUAAAAAUCGAAAAAUAUCGAUUUUUAGCUUCAACUAUAAGUACCAUAGUCCGUAAGUUGUCUGGGCUUUUGAAAAACUUAAUUCUGGCAUACAGAUAGAUAUCGUUAAAUCUAUUAGAAGCGGAUUUUACAAAGGGAGUGAUAAAUCGAUUAACUUGGUGACAAACCAAUACAAUUUAAAUUAUUAAAAAUCGGGGACCACAACAAUUACUUGUUUUUUUAUUUUUAAAUAUUUUAUUGAGAAUGAGAAUUAAUUGAUUUAUAUUUUAUUUUAUAUUUAGUUACCGUAGCUAUUAUAAUAAUAUUAAUAAUAUAUCACUUGUAACUGUAUAGAAAACUUACUUUCAAGUAAUUUGUUUAAAUAGAAUAAUAAUAAUAAUAAUGAAGAAGCAUGUUAAACAAUUCAUUUUUAGCAAUAACAAUAUAAUAUUUAUAUAGGACAAUAAUAAAGAAUAUAAAGCAUUUGUUUACUUGCUAUUUUUUUUUAAAAUAAUUUUUUGCAUAUUUUGUUGCACAAAAUAUCUAAAGAAUUAUUGAAAAUAGUACGCAAGCGAUCACAGCAAAUAAUUUUUUAUAUGAAUUCCUAUGUGUUUUUUACCUUUUUUUAUUAUUUAUUUGUUAAAAUUAAAAGAAAUCAAAAUGAAAUAUUUUUUAAUAAAAAGAAACUAUAAAACGACUAAAGAAA